GGAGACAUGAGGAAGUGGAAGAUGGAAACCUUAUUACUGAGCACCAGGCAUGUGCACUGUUUUACUAAUCAGGUGCAAGUUCCAGAGAAGAUGGUGGCCGCUGUGCUCACCUUGCUCACCUCAAGGAAACAUGUUCAACCUGAUGAGCAACUGCUGCACCUGGUUCUCCAAAAUACGGGAACCAAUCAGGAAAGCGACCAUUCUGGUGGUUGGUCUCGACAAAGCAGGAAAAACAUCCUCCAUCAGAGGAAUGUUAAGAGUCCCCAAUGGUGUGGAAGCAGGACCCACCAAUGGCUGUGUACGACAUGAGCUGAGAGUGGAGAACUACCUGGUCACCUUGUUGGAUGUGGGGGGCUCAGCAGAGUCGAGAGGAGCCUGGAGGGAGCUCUGUGGAGAAGCCCAUGGGAUCAUCUUUGUGGUGGACUCUAGUGACAGGCAAAGGAUAAAGGAGGUCAAGGAGGUUCUUGCUGACCAGCUGAAACAACCGAGAGUGGCAGGAAAACCCCUACUAGUGUUGGCUAACAAACAGGACAAAAUGAACGCUUUGCUGGGAAGUGAGCUGAUUGAGAUUUUGUCCCUGGAGGAGCUGGUCAACCAGAGCCGCUCUCUGUGCCAUAUCGAGCCUUGUUCAGCCUUAAUGGACCUGCGACGCUGGUCGGACAGAAAGACUCUACGAGGCCUUCGCUGGUUGCUGCGUGCCGUUUGUCUGGAUUACCCCGAGCUGUGUACUCGUGUAGCCCAGGACAGCAAGAGGCCUCUGGAACCAAGAGAGAGGGAAAAGACCUGGAAAACAGAGAAAGUUCGCAGAAAAACCAAGGGGGAACGAAUGCGAUCCAGCAAACCAGAUCUUCGCCAGGUUCAUCGGCCAAAAGAAAAGCAGAAAAAUACAAAGGGUGAAGGAACGAUGCAACCCAUUCGAAACUUGCUGCAAAAGGAAACCAGUCUGAAAAAGAAGACAAAGAAGAAGAAGAAGAAGCCGGUUAAGGUCCAGGAAGGUGAAAAGGAUCAAGUAGAAGCAAAUGAACAGGAGGAGGAAGAGGAGGGUGACGGUAACGAAGGAGAGCAUGAAAACUCUAGCCACAGAGAGAAAGCCAGCAGUGCCCUGAUCCCCCCGAAAAAAGGCAAACCAAAACGCAAAACAAAAGUGAAAGAAGAGACUCUGGACGUGCCAGCAUCACCAGACAAUGAUGCGAAGCCGCUUAAAGCUAAAGGGGAAAGAAGGAAGAAGAAGACAGUUGUCAAAGUGAAAAGGAAGAACAAGAUCAACACAGAGGAGAUGUCUGGAGCUUACACGCAACCUGUGGACCUUUCUGCAACCUUUGAUCUUUACCGAAAAGCAAUACUGGCUCUGAAGGAACAUCAGAAUCAGGGACAGUGAGAGUCAAUCUGCAUCCUGAGUGUGAGGAUGUGGUCCACGGCGGUUGGACACGGUGACACUUCAUCACUUCAAAGGCUGACACAGAGAUUCUGUUAUAUGUCUUCAUCACUUUCUAUAAACUUCAGACCUGAUCCCUGAACCUUUGGAGUGAAACUGCAAAUUCUAAUGUAUAGGGGGCACGUC